AAUUUACGUUGCUGCCGCAGAUAAUUUAGCGUCGCUCCGGUUUCCAAACAAAGGCGAGUUCACAUGAAGUCCGCUUCACCGCUUCACCCGGCAGAAAGAGAGAUGUGACGCUGCGCCCAGCCGGUUUGCUCUCCGGUUCGCUGUUGAUUCGAGGAGAAUCCUGGGCUGCAGCACUCAUUUUGGCACAGUCAGGAUCUUCCACAGUGCCUUUAGCUCAGGGAGGGGGAAGGCUGCAGUUUCCAACUUCCUACUCUUGCUGUUUCAAGACAUCCUGUACAUCAGCCGGGCUUCGCCCCCUCGUCUUACCCCGGAGAGCUUCGCUUUAAUAAACAGUAAUGGAAGACAAACGCAAGAAGCGGAGCCCAAAGGUGUCUCUCCCCCAGCCCCCUCCUCCCCCCAUCAACCCCCGCAAACUCUCCGUUCUGCCUGCCAGCAAAAGUGCCACCUUCUCCCUCGGCCUGCCGCAGCCUCCCUCCCCCAAGAACAGAGGCAAGUGUAAGAGGUCCAUAGGAGCACCAGGACAGCCCAAAGAGGUGUUCACAGCUGUCGUCGCUCCACCAAAGACCACCAGGCCCCACAAGGAGAAGCCAAGGGCCCCACAGCCGGCAGGGCCCAGUAAAGUAGUCCAGUCCUCCCCCCUGCAACACUCCUUUCUCACGGAUGUCUCAGAUGUGAGAGAGAUGGAGGGAGGCCUCCUCAACCUCCUCAACGACUUCCACUCAGGCAAACUACAGGCUUUUGGUAAGGUGUGCUCAUUUGAGCAGCUGGAGCAUGUGCGCGAGAUGCAGGAGAAGCUGGCCCGACUGCACUUCAGCCUCGACAGCCAUGUGGAGGAGCUUUCAGAGGACCAGAGGAAGUGCGCCUCUGACCACAACCUGGAGCACCUGCUCUGUAACCUGGAGGAGCUCAGCACCUCCAUACAAAAACUUCACUUGGCUGAGUAUCAGGACCUGCCCAAGACAUCUGGUCCCUGAUGAAGUGAGGUGCAGAGUAUGGCGACCACACACUCAUCUUCUCCCAUCAUCUAACCAGCCCAGGUUGCCAUGGCAUUGAUCCAGCUGCCUUAGUAGUAGAAUGGAAAGAUCCAGAGGGGGGGGGGGGCUGUUUUUCCAUUCGGUCUACGAAGCUGAGGGAACAAUACAGUGACUCGAAAGCAGCAGAGCAUGAAAUGAAUACUCAACCAAAAUCAUAAAACCUCCAUUCAUGGCACAAGAAAUGGUCAGAGGGUUUACUGUGUUAGAGGAAACAUGUUGAUUUCAAGUUUUCACCAUGUUCUUGGCAUCAACUAACUUGGCUCCAAUUAUUAGUUUCAUCUUUGGUAACAUAACUGCGUCCAUGUGUAGUCUUUGGUUCUGUAAAUAUUUUUUUUCUAUCACAAAAAGCACAUUUCAUGACAAGGUGAUUAGAAUUUGUAUCAUUUCAUAAUAUGCCUUGUCUUUUGCAUAAUUUCAAAAAGUGUUUGUCUCUGUCCGCAAAGGUAAAAAUUUGAGCCAUACUUGAGUAGCAAACAUAUUUGGUCCUUGUCGACGCCACUGUGGUUAGCUCAGAACUUUAAAGGGAGAUUUCACUUUUGCUAUUCUUCUGAACACGCUCCCUAAUUUGUAUAUGUUUGCUUUUAAAGUUUAAUACUGGAAAACAGACUGGAUUUAAUAAAAGCAGGGCAAACCUUUGUUAUAACUGUAUAACUGUGCAUUUUAAAGGGACUUUGUGAGGAGACCUAACUGUGUGUUUGACUAACUUAUAAAAUGGUUUAUAUCUUUGCCAAUGUGCAGUCCAGCUACUGUAUCAUAUAUAUAUAUAUAUAUAUAUAUAUAUAUAUAUAUGAGAGAGAGAAAGAGAGAUGUCCUUUCUUACCUUCUUUUUUGUUUUUGUGAAUGAGGGCCCAGUAGCAGCAUCCCUCCCAGCACAAGCUUGCCC